AUCUGAGAAAACAAAAGAGAAUAACAAAAUAAAAUUCAAAAUAAGAAAGUCAGAAGUCUGCUGGCACUAAUAUUCACAACCUUGAGAGUCAAAAUCGGCAGCUUGGACAAGGACUGGUGGGUGGGGUUGAAUCCGUAGGAUGGCUUCAAAAAGAAUCUUGAAAGAGCUGAAGGAUCUCCAGAAAGAUCCUCCUACGUCUUGUAGCGCCGGUCCUGUUGCUGAGGACAUGUUUCACUGGCAAGCUACAAUAAUGGGCCCUCCUGAUAGUCCUUAUGCAGGGGGAGUAUUUUUGGUCACUAUUCACUUUCCUCCUGAUUAUCCAUUCAAGCCUCCCAAGGUCGCAUUCAGGACAAAAGUUUUUCAUCCAAACAUAAAUAGCAAUGGUAGUAUAUGCCUUGAUAUCCUGAAGGAGCAAUGGAGCCCUGCCUUGACUAUAUCUAAGGUGUUGCUCUCAAUUUGUUCACUUCUAACGGAUCCGAACCCAGAUGACCCUCUGGUGCCCGAGAUUGCUCACAUGUACAAGACAGACAGGGCCAAAUAUGAGGCAACUGCAAGAAGCUGGACCCAGAAGUAUGCCAUGGGCUAGUUUGAUAAAGGGUGGUGGCACCAACCACCUUUGUAUCAAUGUAAAAACGCAUUCCGUCUGUUUCUCAUGUACCUCUCUGAUGAACAAAUGUAGAAUACAACUAAAACAUUUCCUCCAUCUCGAAUUCCUCAUAGGAAACUUCAAUCGUGUUUGUCAACCUGUUUUGUUGCUGCUCUUGAAAUCUGCAUCCUAGUAAAGACCUUUGGUCAUUUGCAAA